AUAGAAUAUUGAUAAGAACACGUGUUCUACUUACUCUCGAUUUUGUCUUCUUAAUAAUUGCCACAGAAUAAGGUUGUUCCGUAGUUAAAUUUAAUAAUAUAUUAUCUCCAUCGUUGCUUUCCAUGCUUGUUAUAAACACGUUUAAACUACGACAUUUUAGAAAUUUGGACUGCUUUACACGAAAAUAUGAAAUGAGGAGUUUUAAACACCACCAUUUUGAAUUGAUAUUAAAAACUUCAUGUAAGUAUUAUCCUAAUCACAGCUGAAUAUACACCUGUUCGCAGGCCUAUGUUAGGGAAAAUGUAUUGUUGACAAGAUCAAAAGUUUGAAACUUGCCACAUUUUAGCAGCUACAUUAAAUAUGAGUGAACCUCAAGAAGAAAGCUUACGUGUUGAUAAUACUCCUGAAAACAUAUUGCAGGAAGGAGGGAGUGAAGAGGAACCCCCAGCAAAGAAGAGCAAAGCAUCAGAACAGAAGGAAGACAGUCCUUACCCUUUUGCCAAACUAAGAAGUAUUCGAAUCUUCUCUGAACGUGAAAUAAACGGGCAAGAUGCUGAAAUGACACGAGUAUAUUGGACAUUUUGGAAUACGACAGCUGAGGAACUAUGUAGUGACGGCGCAUAUAAUGAUUGGGGAAAACGUGAUCUCAAGUUAUAUAUUGACGCAGCCUGGGUUAUACAUAAAACAAAAUUGCAAGAAUCACGUGAGACAGAGGUACAAGAGGGCAUCAGGGAACUACAAGACAGAUAUGGAUCAUCAGAGUUACCUGUCAAGCUGCGGACAGAAGACGAGAAUGUCACAGAACUAUUAGCACAGGUAUACACACUACCGAUACAUCUGAUCCCACAUUUGGGACAAGAAUAUUCAACUCAUUGCUGGGGCGAUCAGAUCAGUCAAUCUAAUAAUCCUAUUUCUUUGUUUCUAGCUGCAAGAUUCAACAGCCAAUCUAACAGAGUUGAAUGUUGAGUUGAGUAAAUCACGAGGGAAAUUUUUCAACCUGAAACAACGGCCAACGUCAACAUCUUACACACAAGAAAUCAAAGAUGAUGAGAUAAGAAAAAUGACAAAAACCAUUUCUGAAAAAGAGAAGAACUUAUAUGGUGGCAUGGCAGACGUGAAGAAAGAUCAAGAUUCAAUAAAGAAAGCUUUAACAAGACUUGGAAAUAUCAUUGAAAAAACAAAACGUAACUGUCAGCCACUUCCCAGUGAUAUCUUAGAUCAAGGACUGCAGACUGUCGAAGCAACCAUUAUUACAACAUAAGCAACAGUAUGUUGAAAUAAGUUUAUUUCAUACAUUGACAGUCUUUAAAAUACAGUAACUUAGAAACAAAUGUAUAAACUGAGGAAACGUCCAUAAUGUGUAAUGUGUAUGUCACUGUCAGAGAAGUAAUGAGAUUAUAGUGUGAUGAUUAAUGUAGCCUGCGUAGCAGCUUUUUAGUGCGAAUAGCAGGCUAUGAUUAAUGUAAAUCGUUUUACUUGUAAAAAUAUAUUAAAAAUUGUUGUUUUA